AGCUAAGCUUUGUAGUAGUCGACUUAGAUAUAAAUACAUUAAAAAUGGACAGAAUAUUAAGAGGUAUUAUGAGAUACCGAGUGUUAGAUCGAGCGACUAUGGUCAAACAGUUUCAACAAGUCAAAGACAACCCCGUGCCAAAAGCUAUUUUUUAUACAUGUAUGGACAGUAGAAUGAUUCCAACUAGAUUUACUGAGACAUGCGUGGGGGAUAUGUUCGUUAUCCGAAAUGCUGGGAAUCUCAUACCUCACUCUCGACACUUUGUAGAUGAAAUGACCAGUUGUGAACCGGCUGGUUUAGAACUUAGUUGUAUCGUAAACGAUAUUAAGCACGUCAUUGUAUGCGGACACAGUGAUUGCAAGGCAAUGAAUCUUCUCUAUAAGUUAAAAAGUGCGGACGAAUCAAAUUUAGAACAAAGAAGAAUCUCUCCACUAAAAUCUUGGCUCUGUGCUCAUGGCAAAUCUAGUUUAAACAAGUUCUUAGAUGUGAAAGGUGAUUUUAAUAAGCCUAUUUUAUUUUCUGCUGAAACACCACAGCGAAAAUUUGUUGCUUACAUUGAUCCCGAAAAUCAAUUUUGUAUAGAAGAUAAAUUAUCGCAGGUUAACACUUUACAACAAUUGCAAAAUAUUGCGUCUUAUGGCAUGUUAAAAAAACGGCUCGAGAAGCAUGAUUUACACAUUCAUGCUUUAUGGUUUGAUAUUUACACUGGUGAUAUAUACUAUUUCAGCAGAAGAGCUAAAAGAUUCCUUAUAAUAGAUGAAGCUAGCUACGAAGUUAUUCUGGCCGAAAUUCGAAGAUAUUACUCCUAGAAUAAACUCGUUUUCUAUACUUUAGAUAGGCAGGGACCAAGUUUGGUAUUUGUGGAACAAUUUUUGUAAAUUAAGAUUUUAAAUAGUAAUUAAGUUAUUUAUAACAAUUUUAAUGGUACGAAUUAUGUGAAAUGGAGAUCUUAGGCUAUUUAUAUAAAAAUUUUAAAUUUUUGUAUGUAUUGUUUUUUUUAUAUUUUUUUUAAUGGAAUAUUUUGUUACUCUUACGUCAAAUAAAACAUUUUUUAAAGUUUUA